AUGCAGGACCCCCCGGUCAUUCGGGCGGGGGCGGUUACCGCACGGUGGACAAUUUCUCUCCUUUCUUCCUCAGCGUUGGCGCCAGCCGUGAUACCUACUGCUGCUGCAUGUGCCUUCACCCAUGUGGCUCAUACUAGAACCCCCUUCUCUCCCAUUCCGCCCUCCUCUCGUCCCAUCAUCUCCUGCAGCACCAUCGCAAAGGGAGCGUCCCUAGCUUCGACCGCUGCCACUCAGUCCCUAAACCCUCUCAACGCCAUCGCCAGCAGCAACAGCAGCAACAGCGCAGGCGACAGCAGCGCCACACUCACUGCCGACGGGGGAAUCACCUUCACCGCUGCCUCCUCUGCUCCAAUGGUUGCUGACUUCUCCUCUCGUGGGCCCCUCUUACCGCCCUCUGCCACAGCCCGCCCCCCGCAGCCAGCAAACAGCAUUCUCAAGCCUGAUAUCAUUGGGCCUGGCGUUGACCUUCUAGCCGCUUUUCCCUCAAAGAAAAUCGGUGAGCCGGGCACGACCGCCCGCCUCUCGGGUACUUCCAUGUCUACCCCGCAUUUGGCGGGGCUAGCCGCGUUAAUCAUCCAGAAGUACCCCAACUGGACCCCAGCUCAGGUCAUGUCAGCGCUGAUGACGACGGCACGGGUGACUGACACGAGCAACAACCCGAUCAAGAGUGCAGGGUCGGGUGAAAGAGACGCAACCCCGUGGGAGAUGGGCGCAGGGCAUGUGUUCCCGCCUGCAAUGCUCGACCCUGGUCUCACAUACGACGUUCGAGAGAAAGACUACCAGAAUUUCCUGGCCGGGCAGGAUGCGAACCGGGCGAAGAAGGAGUUCCCAGGGGCGUCUCUCACCCCUCUCGCUGUGCGAAAUCUGAACCUUCCCACCAUCACUCUGCCUCGCCUGCAGGGCUCUGUUCAAGUCACCCGGGCACAGCGUGCGCUCUCCUCUCGUGGUGCAGCCGAUCUCGCGCUAAGGGGUGGGGUGGGGUGUGUCAGGAUCGCUACCGUAUUUGGGUUGGGGGAAUGCCUGAUGGUGGUGCCUGUGACUGGUGGUGCUAAUGAAAUACUGGUGGUGUCGCUUGUGGCGAGGAGGGAUUGCUUGCCUUGGCUCUCAGUGCAGUGA